AAGAUUCGAUUCGCUUGAACGGACGGCUAUAAUAACUGAUGAAGCACACGUGUCAUCUUACAAAAAAUAGAGACGCAACAAUUUGCCAAAAAAAAAAAAAAAAAGAAAGAAAAAGAGAAAGAAGACGGAAGGAUUUUGGGAAAGACGAAGCAUUGACCGAUUCCGUUUCCGUCUUCUGAGAUUCGCGUUUGAAUUCUAAUUUGAUCGGAUCGAAGCCACCGCCGGCGAGGCGACAGAGAUCGGGGAUUGAGCGGCGGACCACCGGAGGGAAAGGGGUCGUCGGUGGAGAUGAGGAAGAAACUCGGCACUCGAUUUCCGGCGUCGCGAAUAAAGAAGAUAAUGCAAGCAGAUGAAGAUGUUGGCAAGAUUGCAUUAGCAGUUCCUCUUUUAGUUUCAAAAGCCCUCGAAUUGUUUCUUCAAGACUUGUGCAACAGGACUUAUGAAGUAACUCUCCAAAGUGGCGCAAAAACUUUAAAUUCUUUGCACCUAAAACAAUGUGUGAAGAUGUAUAGUGCAUUCGAUUUCUUAACUGCUGUUGUCAACAAGGUACCGACCCUUGGUGGCACGGAAUCGUUUGGUGAUGAAAAGGGAAUAACCCGGAGGAGAAAAACUAUUGAACAUGAAGGGGAUACAGCGGCAGACAAUUCAAGGUUAGCCAAGGCAAUGACAAGCACAAAUAUUACUCCUAGAGGGCGUGGGAGAGGCAGAGGACGUGGUCGAGGACGGCCACCGUUGAACAGGAACCGCGAGAGAGAAUUAUCUUUUACGAAAUACGAGGAAGAAGUUGACUUAUCACCUGAACAUGAAGAUCAUAUUACUGAAUCAGACACAGCAGAGAAGGCAAUGGAAAAUGUCAAUGAUAGCACAAAUCCUUCCCUCCCACCAAAAUCAGACAUGAUUUUGAGCACCGAGGCACGGCAAGGUGAGUACUCUACUUGGCCAUCAAAUCUUGUAAAUGUAAACAUCCAUAUUGAUGAGGACGAGGACUACGAUAAUGAAGAUUGAUGGUAUUAUUGAACUUACUGUUGUUCUUGUGUUAGUGAUUAAAAGCUCAAAUGAUGUAAAAGCUCAAAUGAUGUAAUUAGUCGUGCAAUUAAGCCUUCUUUGUGUAGGAAUUAGCUUUCUUAACCUCACUUUUUU